GCCUUGCUCAUGACGUGUCAAUAUUGAUAGGCGCUGUCGUAUUCCGAUCAACAACCGCAUAUACUGCGCUUUUUGCACUGCAGCCUACUAUACUCAUUUACUCAUAUGGAACUAAUAAGCUUUGCCAAAAUCGUUUCUAUCGUUCUAAUGGUAAUGGUAGGAUCGCAGAACUGCCGAUUAGUCGCUUCGCGACACAAUAAAGAUUACAGAUGGAAAAAAAUCGCCGAACUACCAUCGCCACCGGACUGCGGCUUCCGUCAACAGGCUUUCCGACGAGUCGUCAGCGGGGUGCUGUCCAAAGAGCGCUCUUGGCCUUGGCUCGCCGCCAUCGGUACCUACGACAAGAGUACCGGCUACGCGUACUACUCCUGCGGCGGCACUUUGAUCACGAGUCGUCACGUAGUUUCGGCAGCACAUUGCUUUUACGAGGUCAAGUUGAACGCGAUCGCCACUUUGGGCAGUACUACCCUCGAUACCGCUGACGACGCUGUUCACUAUUCGAUUAAGAAGAUCUACAUACAUCCCAAGUACAACCACAGCGGUUUCGAGAACGAUGUGGCUCUUUUGAAACUCGACGAGGAGGUGGAGUUCACGGACGCCAUACAGCCCAUCUGCUUGCCUAUCCAGUCGAGAAGAAUCAACCGCAAGAAUUUCGUGGGCGAAUCUGCCUUCGUUGCUGGAUGGGGUGCGCUGGAGUUUGAUGGCACGCAGAGCAAUGGUCUUCGAGAAGCCGAACUUCGAGUGAUCAGGAACGACAAGUGCCAGAAUGAUCUGCGCUUGAUGAACAUCACGUCGAACGUCAUAUGCGCUGGGAAUGAGAAAAAAAGUCCCUGUCAGGGUGACAGCGGCGGCCCACUCAUGUACAGGGACGGCUCGAUCUAUUACCUGAUCGGUAUUGUCUCUAACGGUUACCGAUGCGGAAGUGGAAACACUCCCGCGAUCUUCAUGCGCGCGACUUCUUUCACCGACUACAUCUUGGCUAACAUGCAUUAGCGUCGUCGUCUUUUUCAAGGCAAUUAUUUAAAAUGAAAGAAUAUAAUAAAAUUAAUAUUAAAUCUG